AUGUUCAGGUACUCUCUACUGGGUGAGUCGGCAUGCCUCUCAUUUGCAAAGACAUUGCUACACGAGAAUAAAACCAAAGCUCAAAUAGAGAAGCCAACUGGCAGGCUCCGAUGUUCCCGUUCGGCCAGUCGACUAUUGGCGUCGUCGAAAAGAGCCAUCCGAGUUGUGAUACAGUCUGUUCCCUUUUCGGCAUUAACAGACGUCGAGGCUUUCAGCAAUCCGGAUCCGUGUUUGCCUGACAAAAAGGACGAAUGGACCAAUUUGUAG